GGGUGGGGGAUGGAAAGAGCACCCCCACCCCAUUUCCUAUUGAAAAGGGGGAGCAUUGAAGACGACCAGGGGACAGCCCAGAAGCUGGUGUACCGGCUUCCUCUCCCUCCUCCCCCACCCCCCCAGCAUCAUUUUUCUGAACGUGAAAUAUUCCGAGCUGCACCCUUAGUUGGAAAGCCCGCCCCGAGAGUGAGAUGGAGACCCGGUGUGUGGGACCCCGGUGUGAUUGUAUAAUAAUGAUGAUAUAAUGCUAAUGACGAUGAUGACACUGCCUUUUAUUUUUACCCCAGUGCUGAGAAAGCAUGGCCACAGCUGGGGGUGAAGCCCUUGAAACAUUUGAUGUAUGGGGAGGAGAUGCUGUUGCUUUUGGAGUUGUGGUUUUUAUUUGGAAAGAUAGGCUUUUUAGAAUUAAAAUGUGGCAAUAUGUAGCUUGACUUUUUUUUUUUAAGUCCUUUAGAGCCAAUUGUAGUAAAACGGGUACUAGCUGCUGCCUUGACGAAUGAAAAGCUAAACGCUUUUACCUGGGUAUAAUUCCAUGAGUUAAGUCACCUUUUUUUCCUUUGAAUUUCUCAACAGUUUUUUUAAAAUGAAGAAGUUUAAUUUCCGAAAAGUUUUGGACGGCUUCACUGCCUCCUCCCCUGGCAGUGGGAGCAGCGGCGGCAGUAACAGUGGCGGUGGGGCCGGCAGCGGCGCCCCGCACUCGGGAGGGCCCGCGGGGCUUCUCCGAGAAGAGAUUCAGGAGUCCCUGACCUCGGAGUAUUUCCAGAUUUGCAAGACAGUUCGGCAUGGUUUUCCUUAUCAGCCCACAGCAUUAGCUUUUGAUCCAGUUCAGAAAAUCUUGGCUAUUGGGACGAGAACAGGUGCUAUACGAAUACUUGGGAGACCUGGUGUUGAUUGCUAUUGCCAACAUGAAAGUGGUGCAGCUGUCCUGCAGCUCCAAUUCUUGAUCAAUGAGGGUGCUUUGGUCAGUGCAGGUUCAGAUGAUACACUUCAUUUGUGGAACCUUAGACAAAAAAGACCAGCUAUUCUUCAUUCUCUUAAAUUUAAUCGAGAACGAAUUACUUACUGUCAUCUACCUUUCCAGAGUAAAUGGCUCUAUGUUGGAACAGAAAGAGGAAAUACACAUAUUGUAAAUAUUGAAUCUUUCAUUCUUUCUGGAUAUGUCAUCAUGUGGAACAAGGCAAUUGAACUAUCCACAAAGACUCAUCCAGGUCCAGUUGUACAUUUAAGUGAUAGCCCAAGAGAUGAAGGGAAACUGCUAAUAGGUUAUGAAAAUGGUACUGUGGUAUUCUGGGACUUGAAAUCUAAAAGAGCAGAACUGAGACUUUAUUAUGAUGAGGCUAUUCAUUCAAUUGAUUGGCAUCAUGAGGGCAGACAGUUCAUGUGCAGCCAUUCAGAUGGUAGCUUGACUUUAUGGAACCUGAAAAACCCAAGCCGUCCUUUCCAGAUCACAAUUCCACAUGGAAAAAGUCAAAGAGAAGGAAGAAAAUCUGAAUCUUGUAAACCAAUACUUAAAGUAGAAUACAAGACCUGUAGAAACAGCGAACCAUUUAUAAUAUUUUCUGGUGGACUGUCCUAUGACAAAGCUUGCAGAAGACCGAGUUUAACCAUCAUGCAUGGAAAAGCAAUUACAGUACUUGAAAUGGAUCAUCCUAUUGUUGAAUUUCUAACUUUAUGUGAAACACCCUAUCCGAAUGAAUUUCAAGAACCCUAUGCAGUCGUAGUACUUCUGGAGAAAGAUCUCAUUGUAGUUGAUCUGACACAAAGCAACUUUCCAAUCUUUGAAAAUCCGUAUCCCAUGGACAUACACGAAUCACCAGUUACGUGCACAGCGUACUUUGCUGAUUGCCCACCAGAUUUGAUACUAGUACUCUACGCUAUAGGAGUCAAGCAUAAAAAACAAGGAUAUAGUAAUAAGGAGUGGCCAAUCACUGGAGGAGCUUGGAACCUUGGGACACAGACAUAUCCAGAAAUUAUUAUUACUGGUCAUGCAGAUGGAUCAAUAAAAUUUUGGGAUGCUUCUGCAAUAACUCUACAGAUGCUGUACAAGCUAAAAACUUCAAAAGUGUUUGAAAAACAGAAAAUAGGAGACGGAAAACAAACAUGUGAAAUUGUAGAAGAAGAUCCAUAUGCCAUUCAGAUGAUUUACUGGUGUCCAGAGAGCAGAAUAUUCUGUGUUUCAGGAGUCUCUGCAUAUGUAAUAAUUUAUAAAUUCAGCAGACAUGAAAUUACAACAGAAAUAGUGUCAUUAGAGGUACGACUUCAGUAUGAUGUUGAAGAUAUUAUUACCCCAGAACCAGAAACAAGUCCUCCAUUUCCAGAUCUUUCAUCUCAGCUUCCUUCUUCAAGGAGUCUUUCCGGGAGCACUAACACUGUGGCUAGUGAAGGAGUAACAAAGGACAGUAUCCCAUGUCUCAAUGUUAAGACACGGCCAGUGCGGAUGCCACCAGGUUAUCAAGCAGAACUUGUUAUUCAGUUGGUGUGGGUGGAUGGUGAACCGCCCCAACAGAUUACUAGUCUUGCUGUUAGCUCAGCAUAUGGAAUAGUUGCAUUUGGGAACUGCAAUGGGUUGGCUGUGGUGGAUUUUAUACAGAAGACAGUACUGUUAAGCACGGGGACCAUUGACCUAUAUAGAUCAAGUGACUUAUACCAACGACAACCACGGUCUCCUCGAAAAAACAAGCAGUUCAUUGCAGACAACUUUUGCAUGCGUGGCCUGUCUAACUUUUAUCCUGAUUUAACGAAACGGAUCCGUACUUCCUAUCGGAGUUUAACUGAGCUGAAUGACAGUCCAGUCCCCCUGGAACUUGAGCGCUGCAAGUCUCCCACUUCAGAUAAUGUAAAUGGACACUGCACAAGCCCAACUUCUCAGAGUUGCGGUUCUGGAAAACGCCUUUCCAGCGCUGAUGUUUCCAAAGUAAACCGCUGGGGUCCUGCAAGACCACCUUUUCGAAAAGCACAGUCAGCUGCCUGCAUGGAGAUUUCUUUACCAGUUACAACAGAAGAGAGCCGAGAAAAUUCCUAUAGUCGUUCUAGAAGCUCUAGCAUUUCCAGUAUUGACAAAGACUCCAAAGAAGCAAUUACAGCACUGUACUUCAUGGAGUCCUUCGCUCGGAAAAAUGACUCCACCAUCUCCCCUUGUUUGUUUGUUGGAACUAGUCUGGGGAUGGUGUUAAUCAUGUCCCUGAGCCUCCCUUCAGCAGAGGAACAAAGACUCACAGAGCCAGUCAUGGUAUUGCCAAGUGGUACAUUCCUCUCAUUGAAAGGAGCUGUGCUAACAUUCUCCUGUAUGGAUCGAACUGGUGGAUUAAUGCAACCACCAUAUGAAGUUUGGAGGGACCCAAACAACAUAGAUGAAAAUGAAAAAUCUUGGAGAAGGAAACUGGUCGUGAACUGCCCCUCUCUGUCACAAGAAACAGGAGAUCAUCAGUAUACAAUAAUCUGCUCAGAAAAACAAGCCAAAGUUUUCUCACUGCCUUCUCAGACUUGCCUUUAUGUUCAUAACAUCACCGAGACAUCUUUUAUACUGCAAGCAGAUGUGGUGGUCAUGUGUAACAGUGCCUGCUUGGCAUGCUUUUGUGCCAAUGGGCAUAUCAUGAUAAUGAGCCUGCCUAGUCUUCGCCCAAUGUUGGAUGUUAAUUAUUUGCCACUGACAGACAUGAGGAUAGCACGGACAUUUUGUUUCACUAAUGAAGGACAGGCAUUAUACCUAGUCUCUCCUACUGAAAUUCAGCGGUUAACGUACAGCCAAGAAAUGUGUGAUAAUCUACAGGACAUGCUAGGAGAUUUGUUUACCCCCAUAGAGACACCAGAAGCUCAGAACAGAGGUUUCCUAAAGGGACUGUUUGGUGGAAGUGGACAAACCUUUGACAGAGAAGAGCUCUUUGGGGAAGCUGCAGCAGGAAAAGCAUCCCGCAGCCUUGCCCAGCACAUUCCUGGCCCGGGCAGCAUAGAAGGGAUGAAAGGCGCUGCAGGCGGGGUGAUGGGAGAGCUGACCAGAGCAAGGAUCGCACUGGACGAGAGGGGGCAGAGGCUAGGAGAGCUGGAGGAGAAAACUGCAGGCAUGAUGACCAGUGCGGAAGCAUUUUCCAAACACGCACAUGAGUUAAUGCUGAAAUAUAAGGAUAAGAAAUGGUACCAAUUCUAAACUUCUAAAGAAGCUGUGACUGCUUUGAGAAACCAUUAUUCAGGGAAACCAAAUUUAAUUCCCAGCAUCACUAUUCAACUGCUAGAAGCCAGUUUCUUCUACAAAAUGUCCAUUACAGUCCAUCUGAAGUUGUCAUAAGAGAGACUUAUCAGAGACACUGUACAACCGAAAGGCUGGAACCCUGGCUAGAAUCCCAAGGUAUGGCUGCAUUUGCCGUUUCCCACGUGGAAUGGAGCUAUCGUCUUGGCAUGUCAUUUGCUAAGGAUUUACAUUUAGGAACUAUGGGGAGUCCUCCUGAUUUGAAAAAAUCCUGUACAAACAAAAGCAUUAAUGCGCUUAAUGAAAAAAAUCUUUGCAUGAUAAAUUAACAUCUUAAGAGGAAAAGAAAAAAAGCAUGUUGUGACAGAAGAAAAAAAGAUUAAUGGUAAACUAUUUUUAUAAAUUGGGCCACAUCCGGCAAUUUUAAAAAUCUGCAUUAGAAGUUAUCAGUGCAUUUCUAGUACAUUUACCAUACAACUGAAAAGGAAGAGAAAACAAAACCAAAGUUUUCUUCUCAUCCACAACUUUCAUUAGACUAAAACAUUACUGAAUUCUGGUGGCAAGCGUCUGAUUAACGUUCCUCUCGCUCCAUAAUAUGAUCAUUCACAGUUCUUGGUCAUAAUCAAGUAUUGCCAAUACAGUAAAUUAUUUCUAACACAAUUAUUUCCAUUUCUAUCACUUUCAGAACAAGUUGCUAUUUUUAGUCACAAACUAUGCAGGGUUGGGACACCGCAAAGCAUUUUUCAGCUGGUUUUGCUCUGCAGGGGAGCUGACUGAUAGGUUUGGGAAACUAGACUGACUCUAGGAACAAUGCAGUUAGCUUUGAGGACUGAUUUCACACACUCUGGUUUCAGUUUCUAAAGUGGUAUAUUCUUAAUGCUCCAUUUGUAUCCUUGUCUGCCAAUUACACAGUAUAUUACUGUUCAUACCCAGGGGUGUGGGGGGGGUCUUCAAUCCAAAGGUGCUCUUGCAGCCGGACACUCACAGACCAAACUGGUCAUUCUCUUCAGCAUGAUUCAGUAAAACCUCAGUUAAUGUUUUGGGAAAGGAAUUCUGAUUUAUUACAUUUCUGAUUAACAAGGGCUUUCAUUAGAAAAUAAUUUUGGUUCAAUACUUAUUAUUGAAAAUCUUUAUAAAAUAUAGUGGUGUUUUUGCUACCUUAGUCACCAUUAUGCACAACAGAAACACAUAGAGAGUUUAAUGAUACAAAACCAAUAAUUCUGUCAUUCAUUAGACUAAAUAAUAUAGAGGGUUAGUGUCAAUAGAUACCAAAUACCUAUUCCUUAAUUAAAAAUGUCUUCAACAUGAAAUAAAGACUAUCCUUCACAUGACAAAAGGCAUCUAUCAUAACUCAACAGAUGACAACUGGAGGGAAAACAAAACAAGCACACCCGCUGUCAUUACUUAACAUGAGUCUGGAAGUCAAAAGUCCCAGAAGUGAGUAAAUGCAGAUUCUAAAAAAAAAAAUUAAUGGGUUUGGCUUAUUUAAUUUUGAUUAAUCAAGAUCUUACGAGAUAUACAUUUGUGUUUUAAGAAUUCUGCAUUUUCCUGAAGUCAGGUUCUUUUAAGAGCCAAAAAUAGUAUUUCUUGGGUUUUUUAAAAAAGAUUUUUUAAAAUCUUUAGUGCAUUUGAACUGGCACUUCCUUUAAAUGUUAUUAGUCAUUUGAGAAGAGCCAAGAUGAUUGAAAGAGUCAGCUAAUGUAUGCCAGGAUAGCGUUUCUCAGACUCCUUGAAUUUGCCCGAUAUCUCAUAAAAGCCUCUCCACAAAGCUCUCCAGAUUCCUGUGAACAGUUAGGGUAACAAAACCUGACUUCAAAAUGCAACACGAUACAUAAAAUUAUAUAGUAAAAAUGUUAAAGAAACUUGAGACCAGGAUUUGGGAAACAUUGGUAGUCAAGUUGCAGUGCACUAUUUAUACCAUCUCGUUCAAGGACCCAGUUUUCUGAACAGAUACUUUAUCAUUUCUAUAUUUUUUUUAAAAAACUUUAAAAACUACAAUAUUAGUUUAUUUUAGGAACAAUGAAAUUCAGUCUAAAGUGGCAUUAAGUACAGUAGCUCUGAAGUCCCCAAUAAGAUCUGAUUUAACUUGGUCUAGCUCGGGUGUCUCAGCCAUGGCACUGUUCACUGACUCUUCAUUGUGGGGACUGUCCUUUGCACCUUAGGAUGUUCAACAGCAGCCCUGGUCUCUGCCCACCAGAUGCCAGUAGCAACCCCUGAGUAAUAACAAUCAAAAAUGUCUCCAGCCAUUGCCAAAAUUGCUCCCAAUUGAGAGCCACUGUUCUAUACAAGGACAGGUUAAGUGUGAAUAUGUAAUAUAUGUCUAGUAUAAAAUUAAACAUCAUAAGUGCACAGUGUCUUAACAAGAUAAAUUAUUUUACCCAGAAUUACAUGUGUGGUUCAUAUGCAAUAAAAUCCUAUUUUGGAGAGAGCUUAUAUGAAUCAGUAAAAAAAUAACAGUUACAGAAUAUUUUAAAGCCUACAGAGAAAAUACCAAAAAAAGACAGCAUAGCAUUUCACAGUAGAAGUGCUUAAAACUCUGGCUUUAAUGAAUAGAUAAAAAGUCUAUAAUUAGCACAAUUGGAAGUAAACAGGUGCUUCUGAAAUGCUUGAAAAGAACAGGUUCUUUUUAAAUUAAUCUUUCAAUAUUGUUUUUAUAAACCCUCACAUAAUGUAAGGGUAACCUUAUCCCACAAACUCCUGAUUAGUGGAAUACAAAUUAAUGAGGUUUUACUGUAUCAAAAUAAUUUUUAUAAUG